AUGAAAGCUGAAUGUAAAGUUAUCUUGCAGCCCACUUCAGAAACGCCAUUAGACCGAAUAUUCAAAGUCGUUUUUGUUGGAGACUCAGCGGUUGGUAAAACUUGUUUUUUGCAUAGGUUUUGUCAUAAUCGUUUCAAACCACUGUUCAAUGCUACAAUCGGUGUGGACUUUACUGUUAAGACCAUAAAGGUUAAAGAUAAGUUCGUCGCUGUUCAACUUUGGGACACUGCUGGUCAAGAACGGUUUCGAAGUAUAACAAAACAAUAUUUUCGUAAAGCAGAUGGUGUAAUUAUCAUGUACGACGUCACAUCGGAACAGUCAUUCCUAAACGUUCGGAACUGGAUUACGUCGGUACAAGCCGGAGUAGAUGAAAAUUGCAUUUUAUGUUUAGUUGGAAAUAAGGCGAGCUUUUUCAGUGGGCUUUCCUCUUCCCUCCCCUCCCCCCUUCCCCCCGCUCAUACCGGUCUUUUUUCAACAAAUUUUAUCAGCUUUUUGGUUUUUAUUUCUGAUUACUAG